UGGAGAAAAAAUGGAGAAUAAAGGUUUAAGCAGUAGAGGUUUGCACAGCACAACUGCUGGAACAACAAUAACUUGGAGGAGGUGGAUUAGAGACAGCUAUGUGUGAAACUGAAAGCAUCUGUCAGGUUGAGCUGAUGAGCAGUUGCAGUCCAAUACUGCUUGCUAGUUUCAGCAAUGGAAAACUUAGAUACGAUAAGUCUGGUAUCUGUAAGAAACCGCCAGCUUUUGGAUAUUUUAAAAGCACCAGCCAAGAAAAAGGUGUAAAAAGGAAAAGACAACUGGUAGCAGAGACGGAUAGAACACAAUACAUUGGAAUUAACGAAAGUGAUGGUGCCUACAAAGAAUUGGAGCUCUCCAGGUGCUAUGUUGGCGUGGUAGAUACCAAGACAAGAAAAAUGCAAGUUUAUGAAGCUGAUAAUUUUAAGAUGAAUCCAUAUUUCCUAGAAAAACGUGAUGAUGAAGAAGUAGAAGAGAAGAAAAAAGAGAGCUACCAAGAACUGAAAGACAACUUGAUUGCCGAGUUUGGCAGCAAGAAGAGCAAGCGUGUAAUGGAGGCACGGCAUAGGAACAAGGUUGGCGCAGAGGUGCUGGAAAAAUCCAUUACCAAUGCCGUUGAAGAUGUUUUAGCUGGAGGCGGUGGAAUCCUACAUGAUGCACAGCAUGUAGGUGGCGCCUCUGAUGCGUUGCCACCAUGCAAUAAAGAAGCAACAAAGCCACAAGAUGUCUACCAGCUCAGUGACAUUCUUACUGAGACUGAUCUGGAUUCAUUGCGUAGCCGUAUGCUAGAGUUCAAAAAUGCAAGUUCGCAACAAAUAGCGGAAUGGAGAAAAUCUGAAAGUUACAGCGGCUUCAUCCUCACUCACCUGGAGAAGCUGCCGCUGGUGGAGAAGCCAAGAGAGGAGCGGGCGGGCCUGCUUGUCUACAUGCACUGGUUGACGUCAUUGCACAAUCUCAAAGCUGCCGAUGUGAAGAAGCGGACCAUUCCUCUUCCUCCUGGCAUUCCAAAGUUGAUAAUGACUAGGCUGAUCAACACAUUCACAAUCACUGGCACAACUGAUGGCACAAACAGUCGUAGCAUCAGAGGGAUGCCAGCCCGGCUGAAAGACAAGCUAGCCUUGCAGAUCAUUGUCCUUGCUCUCCAUAUCAGUGGAUUCAUUCUAGAUCUAGCAGAUAUCGCGAAAGUCUUGAAAAUUGGUCAGAAAAGGAUCUUAGGUUACGUUCAAGCUCUAGGCUGUAAGGUGGUGACGAGUAAGGCAGUAGGGAGCACAGGCAGCAAGAGUGCCUCGCUGGAGCUGCCACUUGUUUUUCCCACAAAGAAUUUCAAGAGGGGAAAACGAUCGUGAUGUUGAACGGAGGCAAUCUUUUUCUUUGAAUCUGGGUUCGAGACCUAGUAGCUCAAGUGGCACAUGAAGUUAUGUAGUUUGCAGAUUUUCCGUCUAUUUUGUACGUGGCUCCCAAUGCACACCGUUUAAUAUUGUGACAUGUUGUUGCAUAUCUUGCUCGUGAAUCCAAGUUUUGUUUGUGCAAUGACUCCAAGAAGCCGAAUCGUCAAAUAAGAACACAGCUUGUCAGAUGGCGGCGGCAUAUUUUGUAUAAAUUGUCAACGAAGAAUUUAUUGUCAAACAUUUCAUACGAUAAUUUCAAUAAAUAAUUUAUGUACAGUA